GAGAAAACAAAGAGAAUUAUGAUGGUAGGGUAGGUCAGGACUUGAGGGACAAGAGUGGCCCCAUCUUUAGGCAGUAGGUGCCUCGGGCACCCUAGGGCUCUGCAGUAUGUGCCUGGAGCGUGUGAGGGACGAGGAGCCUGCCCAAGUCUACCCAGAAGGACCACGAAGGCACCAUCCUUCAGAGGUUUCUGCCAGGCAGUCUUUGAAUAAACGUAUCCACUACAUGCAAAACCUAAGGAAAGAGAAGAAGAAAUUGGGAAAGAGGUUUGCAAGGCCUAACCCCGUUCCAGAUCCAGGAAUCCUGUGGACAACUGAUUAAACCCGGAGUCUUCUAGAAGAAACCAUGCUCCAGACCAAAAUAUGUGGGCUUCUGACACUGAACAACAGGUCAUGGCUUGACUUCAUCUAAAGGAUAAAGGAAUGUUCUGCCAUUCUGCAAAAUAAACAUGGAACUUGCACUCGC